AUCCGUUGUCUUCCGUCGAACUGGCGAUGCAGUCAGCGGCCGCGUCCGCGGGAGCACCAGACGCGCGGGCCAAACAAGUGCUGCGGGAGGCGGUUGACGCCGUCGUCAAUAGCUUCGCAAAACACACGCACGGAUACGGAAGAGUUAAUGUCGUAGAAGCUCUACAAGAAUUUUGGCAAAUGAAAUUAGCCCGUGGUGCAGAUUUGCGAAACGGAGCCCUUGUCAUCUACGAAUCCGUACCUUCAACAAGUCAACCCUACGUGUGCUACGUAACGCUACCUGGAGGUUCCUGUUUUGGUAGUUUUCAGAAUUGUCCGACAAAGGCAGAAGCGCGUAGAAGUUCAGCAAAAAUCGCCCUAAUGAAUUCAGUAUUUAAUGAGCAUCCGAGUAGGAGAAUCAGCGACGAUGUUAUCGAAAAAGCUGUGAUGGAAGCCAGAGCCAGUUUCAAAGGAGCAAAUAAUUCAGGAUCUGAUGACAGUCCUGGGACGGGAAUCGGAGCUUUUCGAUUUAUGCUCGAAGCAAAUAAAGGUCGUACGAUGCUAGAGUUCCAGGAAUUGAUGACUGUGUUUCAGUUACUACAUUGGAAUGGUAGCCUGAAAGCGAUGAGAGAGCGACAGUGCAGCCGGCAAGAAGUGGUCGCCCAUUACUCGCAACGGGCUCUGGACGACGACAUGAGGACGCAGAUGGCCCUGGACUGGAUUGCGCGAGAGCACGAGAACGCGGGCGCUCUAAGCCGGGAACUUGCGGUCGCCGAGAGGGAACUGGAAACUGCCCGACUCGCCGGCAGGGAAUUGCGUUUCCCGAAGGAGAAAAAGGAUAUACUCAUGCUGGCCCAUACACAACUCAAUGGCUCUGGCAGUUGAGCUGAUCGUGGUGAAUUCGAUAUUUUGCCAAAACCUAAGUCGAUAUUUUAAGAGUAAAAGACACAGUUUUGAUCGAGUUUGUGA